AUUUUGGGCUAAGAAAAGGCAGGAUCGCGAAUCGCUAGCCCAGGUUGGUGACGGAAAUAAGUACAAUUGGGGCAACUCUGAAUGUUAUAAACGGCGCCAUUUGGUCCAUUUUGAUGGGAGAGUGUGAAGGCGUCGUCUCAUCUCCAUUUCACGUGUCAACUGCAAGUCGAGAAAGGGGUCGUUCGUCUGCUCACUUCAAAGACUCGGUUUUCCCGUUCUGCAGAGGCUUCUUUCCCGCUUGCUAUCUCAUCACACGUCGUCUGAGCGUUGCAGUUCAUCACGGCCGAACACUACGUACUGUUCACCAGAUGGCGUUUCCGAAGCUUUCACUGGCCGCAUGUCUGGCAUGUGUACUUUCGAAUGCUGCAGUUGCUGCAGGACAAUGUUCGAAUACCCUCGACACUUUUGACUUUGUACGAUUCCCCACACCCCCUUCAGCCAGUUGUUGCUCACAAAUUCUAGAUUGUCAUUGGUGGUGGGACUGCAGGGCUGGCCGUAGCUGCUCGUCUGAGUGAAGGCCUUACAGAAUCUUGUGUUCUGGUUGUAGAAGCUGGCCCUGAUGGCAGAGCAGAACCCAGAAUUUCCAUUCCUGGUCGGAAAGGAUCUACCAUCGGCACCACCUAUGAUUGGAACUUGACCACUACUGCUCAGUCAGGCCUCAAUGCCAACAGAAGGAUCAACAUGAGCCGAGGGAAGGUCCUCGGUGGAAGUUCUGCAGUGAACCUGAUGACUUGGGAUCGUGGUGCGGUGGCUGAUUUCAAUGCCUGGGAGACACUUGGAAAUCCUGGGUGGAACUGGGAUACUAUGUUCCCAAGCAUGCUGAAAUGCGAGUCUUUUGAGCCAUCCAAUGAAUACGAAUCCACGAAUGGAGUGGGAACGAGUGGACCUGUUGAUACACUCAUUAACCGAAUUCUACCAACCCAUCAAUUGACCUUUAAGCCUGCUAUGAACGCAUUGGGCAUCGCAGACAACAAUGCUUCUCUUGCUGGAAACCCAGUCGGUGUGGCCCGAAAGCCUACCAAUAUCAGACCAUCUGAUUAUAGCCGUUCUUACAGCACCGUAUAUAUCGAGAAUGCUCCAGCAAACCUGGCCGUCUUGACUGAUACUCGAGUGGCGAAGAUCAAUUUUGAUAGCAAUAAGGUCGCCACCGGUAUCACUUUACAGAACGGUACUGUGCUUUCUGUAAAGCAUGAGGUCAUCUUAUCUGCCGGAUCCCUUCAAUCACCUGGUCUACUUGAGCUUUCUGGAAUUGGGGACCAAGACAUCUUGAAAGCUGCUGGUGUUGAUGUUGUUUACCACAACCCUAAUGUGGGCGAAAACCUUCAGGACCACGUGCGCAUCCAGAACUCAUACCAAUUGAAGCCCGAGUUUCUCUCCUUUGACGUUUUGAGAUGGAACACCACAUUCGCCGAUUCACAGCUUGCGUUGUAUAAUCAAGGUUUGCCAUCGCUUUGGGAUUAUACUGGAAGCGGUUAUGCGUAUAUGAACUGGUCGACUCUUUCUCCAGACAUCGGAGCAUCCAUGUUGAACCUGGCUCAAGCCAAUGCCAACCUGUCCUCGCAAAUCGACCAGAUCAAAGUCGCUCACCUUGUGAACGAGUCAAGCACUGUUCCCCAGUUGGAAAUCAUCUUCUCUGAUGGUUAUACAGGAGUCAAAGGGUACCCAGCAGCCAACACCCCAUUAUUCAGCCAGGGAUUUUUCACGCUCAUCGCCGCCAUUCAGCAUCCAUUUUCAAAGGGCAACGUCCACAUCUCCUCAUCUGACAUCACCGUCAACCCAAACAUCGACCCCAGGUACCUGUCCAACCCAUAUGAUCUUGCUGCUGUGAUUAACGCGGCAAAACACUUGCGAAAAGCAGCAGAGACGGCCCCUAUGUCAAGCAUCUGGUCAGCCGAGUAUGAACCCGGACCAGCUGUCCAAACUGACGCAGACUGGGAGGCAUUCGCCAAGAACACCACGCUUUCCAUCUACCACCCUAUUGGAACCUGCUCCAUGCUACCUGAAAACGCUGGUGGUGUUGUCAACGCAGAGCUAAAGGUGUAUGGGGUCAAGGGAGUUCGAGUUGUCGAUGCUUCAAUUAUGCCCAUCAUCCCCAGCACACAUUUGCAAACUGCCGUUUAUGGAAUUGCAGAGCGAGCUGCGGAGCUUAUCGUGAAGGAGUGGUGCUAGAUCUCUAUACUGUCAAAAUUGUAAAUAUAUAUGUAUAUAUCAUAUCUUAAUGUUGGAACGAUACAUACGCAACGAGCGCGGGGAGUUUUCCGAGAUUUGGUUUGGGGAGGCAAUAUGCACAUGUAUAUAUUUUGGUUCUUGGGCGCUGGGUGGUUCUCUGAAACAUGAUCAGAACGAAUUUCAAUCAAUGUUAGCGGCACACGCUUUCCUUCGAUGGGAGAGAUGGGAAAUGACCAGUGGUAGUUGCAAGCAGUUUUCGCGUAGUGAAUAGCAGAUGGAAUAAUA